CAUUUCUGUGUCAGAAAUAAGUGAAGCCCGUGAAAAUCUAAACAAUUAAAUCUAGGAAUAAAGUUUACAACGAAUAAUGGGUUCCUUAGAAAAUCCACUUGUGCAUUGCUGCACUAUACGUGAUUUACUAAAAAGGAUAACAGCGAUACAUAACGAAAUAAUUGAUCAUGAAAAUACUUUACCAAAAUGUGAAGUUUGUUGGCAGAACCACGCUGAGUUUGAUUCACUAAAAGCACAAUUAUUUCUCAUUGUGCAGGAUACACAAGAUAACAGUUUCACAAAUGAAAAUGAAACUUACGAUAUGAUAACAAAACACGUUGAGGAAAGAGAAGAUCUCGAUGACGACCCUCUUACAACAAUGAUCAUAAAAGAGGAGCAACAAAAGCUUGAAGAUAGUCCAUCUUGUGGAAGUGAUGUGGAUAAUGAAUGGAAUACAUUGGAAGAAUAUGAAGAACCAUGUGAGAAAAAGCUAAAGAGGGAAAGAAUACCCUGCCCUACUUGUGACAAGAGCUUUUGUCAAGGAAAAUGGUUUACAAAUCACAUUAGUCGUUGCAGGGAACUUGUAAACAAUGAGACAACGAAACCUAAAGAUUCGGAUGAUGACGGCAAACAGACUAGAUUUGAUUGUGUUUAUUGCGAAAAGAUGUUUUUCAAAAAGAAUGAAAUCAAAAUUCAUAUGCAAACUCACAUCAAAUCUUUAAAAUCAACGGAAAAAGAUUCAAUAAAUGAUAGAAGCACUAAGAAAAUUGGCCAUACUUGUAUCGUCUGCAAUAAAGUAUUCUCUUCAUCGAAUGGUUUGAAGAAACACGAGAAAUUCCACGAAAAGCGUACAGUGAAACAGGAUCUUCAGGAAACACCAUAUAAAUGCGGCACAUGCAGAAGAUUUUUCCGGAACUCUGUUAUGCUUGAGAGGCACAAUGAGUAUCGUAAUAGGGCUAAUCUAAUUUGCGAUACUUGCAACAAUCAAUUUUGCACACACACUGAUAUCCUGAAUCACCAGCGAACAGUUCACAAAAUUAAUACAUCUUUCAAAUGCCGCUACUGUGAGGGGCAGUUCAACAAUUUCCGAUUACUUUUCCGUCAUCAUAAAAUGCAACAUCCUGCGGAAGUAGCUCCAGAAAGUCCAUACCUCUGUGAUAUGUGUGGCAUUGUAAUGAUGGAUCCGCGAGAUCUCAGCUAUCACGUAAAAACCGUUCACGAGUCAAAGGAGUUCAAAUGCGAUAUAUGCCGCAAAACCUUUGGAGAACAAACUAAUUUUGAGGAACAUCAACGUAUUCAUAUUCCGAUUUCACAACUACAGGAUCCCUAUGAAUGUGAUACAUGCUCUAAGAAGUUUCGCACAAAGCGUUCAUUGGAGAAGCAUAGGCGCCUUCAUACUGGAGAAGUAACUGAAAUGUUUUGUCCCGUGUGUAGAAGACGUUUCAUAAAUGAGAAAAGCCUGGAAGAUCAUCUAUCUAAACAUGCAAAUGAAAAGCCAAGAUCAUUCAAAUGUGAGGUUUGUGAAAAGUCAUUCACGAAAUUAAAAUAUAUGAAUCAACAUCGUAAGAUAGAUCAUAAUAUUUUCACAAAUUUAAUGUUGAAUCCAAAGUCUAAGAAGAAUUAUUAAAGAUUUUCUAUACUUUUAUUUUUACAAAAUGUAAUGAAUGAUGAGAUAUGAUCAUAAAAAAUGUAUUAAAGAAUAGUGUAAUAAAAAAAUUAUUGACCAUA